UUCAGCAACAUCUGCUUCUUUACUCCCACAAGUGCUGACCGGUCACAGGUGACCCUUGACCUUGAUGGGAUAGUUCAGGUGCUGGACCGCCACCUGCAUGACUCCUCCACCGGUAUGAUGACCCGCAUCGCCGUGCUCAAGUGGUUGUACCACCUCUACAUCAAGACACCUCGCAAAAUGUUCCGGCACACAGACAGUUUGUUCCCCAUGUUGCUGAAGACACUCUCUGAUGAGUCUGAUGAGGUCAUUCUUAAAGACCUGGAGGUUCUGGCUGAGAUUGCGUCAUCCCCAGCUGGACAGACCGAUUCCUCAGGCUCCUGUGAUAAUUCUGACAGCAAACUGGAGCUUCAGGUUCCUGAGGGGGCGAAGGCAGGCCCACAGACAGUCGUGGGUUCCAAAGUAGGCGACUCAUCCCCCUCUACCCCCAGCAUGAACUCCUACUUCUACAAGUUCAUGAUCAACCUGCUGAAGCGCUUCAGUUUGGAGAGAAAGCUGCUGGAGAACAGAGGAGCCUUCAUCAUCAGGCAGCUGUGUCUUCUCCUGCAUGCAGAGAACAUAUUCCACUCCAUGGCAGACAUCCUGUUGAAGGAGGAGGACCUGAAGUUUGCAUCCACCAUGGUGCAGACGCUCAACACCAUCCUGCUCACCUCCGCAGAGCUCUUUCAGCUGCGCAACCAGCUCAAGGACCUGCGCACACAGGAGAGCUGUGCCCUGUUCUGCUGCCUGUACCGCUCCUGGUGUCACAACCCUGUGGCCACCGUGUCUCUCUGCUUCCUGACCCAGAACUACCGCCAUGCCUACGACCUCAUCCAGAAGUUCGGUGAUUUGGAGGUGACUGUAGACUUCCUCAUGGAAGUCGACAAGCUGGUACAGUUGAUCGAAAGCCCCAUCUUUACCUACCUGCGUCUCCAGCUGCUGGAUGUGGAGAACAACCCAUACCUGAUCAAGGCCCUGUACGGCCUGCUGAUGCUGCUGCCCCAGAGCCAGGCCUUCCAGCUGCUCUCCCACCGCCUGCGCUGUGUGCCUAACCCAGAGCUCAUGAGGACAGUGGAUGAGUCGAAGUACAUUGAGUCUAAGACUGUUGGCACCAAGCGUCCGGCCUACGCCCACAUGGACUACAAUGACCUGCUGCAGCACUUUGACCGGGUCCAGAGCAAACACCUGGAGGUGCGCCACCAGCGCUCGGGCCGCGCUGACCACCCAGACCGGAAGCUGGUGCUGUGACGCAGUGGGACCAUCUUAGACCCCAGAGGCAGGGCACUGUGUAAAGCCUUCACCCACGCAUGCCCACGCACGAAGACGCAAACACCCCAACCGGUAACUUAAAGGAACCAAACUGAAUGAAGACUGCUCAUCUCUUGUUUAGGAGAACCCUUGUGGUAAUAUUUUUUUUUGCCAUUGAACGUAGUGUAAGCAUAAAGGACAUCGAUUGUGAUUUUCUUUUUUAAACAGUGUUU